AUGCAAGUACGCAGUCACACAGACGGGAACUCCCGUGCACCGGCCACUGUCAAGCGAAGCAUUAUGCGCACUUUGCGACUGUUCUUCUUGCAAGGCUGGGCUUGGUACAGGGGACAUUUGCUCAGCACGGCUGAUCGACUGACUGCUUUCUUUUCUGCACAGGACAUUGCACACGUUCGUCACCAGAUUAAUGCUCGACGGCAUUGGUGGUUUGAAAGGGAUUCACAUUUCCACUUGCGCCGUCAAGACGGGGCAGUUCAUCUGGACAGACCCACGAGAACACAGACUGUUUCAGCGCCUCGUCGCUCUUCAGACGUGCCCUUGCUCAAACUUCUGACUUUCAACUGCCAAUCGCUGGGGAAGGGCAGUUCUCGGCUUCAGGAGUUGGCCACGGAUAUGGAUGCGGUUAGUGUGUCGGUUGCAGCUCUGCAGGGCACCCGGUGGAAGUCUGACGAUCCUCGAGGUGAAUGGACAGUUCAUGGGAUCUCGGGCCAGCCGCUUUUUCGCUGUUUCUCUUGGGGACGGCCUGCGAGCAACAACAUGCUUGGUGUUCAGCUUCUCAUCAGUCAUACACUGUACUCGCGUGCUGUUGUCCACACACGCUUUGAUCCACCACAUGGGCUGAAAGGUCGGCUUGGAGGCAUCCGACUUGUUAGCCGGACCCCGGGUCAGGAGCUUGACGAUCUUUUCAUAACGGCCUAUGGCCCGCAAGAAGCUGCCCCCGACGCUGAUCGGCAGACUUUUUUCCAAGCGGUUCUUGAAAUCACACAUGCUGUUCCUCGCCGGACACGUGUGUGGCUUCUGGGCGACUUCAAUGGGCACGUUGGCACUGACACGCGAAGCCCGGCUGUGGGCAGGUUUGGCGAGCAGGUCACCAACAACAACGGCUUCUCGUUAGUCCAUGCCUGUGAAUCCGCUGGCCUUCUGCUCUCCAACACUGUGACUGGUUGGGCGCCAACCUCGUGGACGCCGGAUGGACGGCAUGCGCACUGCAUUGACUUCAUCGCCAUCCCGCAGGCGUACAAGACACGCAUUCGGCAGUGCCGUGUGAAUCAAGUGCUUGGCAGGCGCUGGCAGCUGUCGCUUGUGCGCGAUCACUGGCCAGUUGAAGCCACCGUGCAACUUCUGAGACCUUGGCAGCUUCACAGCUCCAGUCACCAGCCGCGAACUCGCUGGAACCAGCACGCGCUACAGGUUGCCUUGGACGACCCUGAGGUUGCGAAUAAUUUCUUGCAUGAUGCUCAGGCUGCCUGGGGGCCCAUUGCUGCUCAGCACACUGAUUUCAGCACCCCUAGCGGAGUUGAAGCGUACUGGCAGAGUGUCACGGCGGUCAUUCACAAGGUUGCUGUGCAGCAUUUUGCUAUGCGGCCUGUGCAGCGCUCGUCCAAGAUACUGCCUGCCACGUUUGACCUCCUACAGCAAAGACGCGCAGCCCAGGACACCCUCCUUCAGCACAUGCAUGGGUGGAUCAAUGUGCGUCGCCGAGAUGUUCUACGUUGGUUCUUCGCUGCCAUUCGGUUUUUUGCCAGUCACUCGCGUUGUGACAGGGCCUGCAAGGCUGCAGUGAAGCACGACAACAAGCAGUGGGAGUCUCGUCUCGAGGCGAGAUUGCAACAGGCCAUAGACUUUCAUGACACUCGGGAGGCAUGGGCCACAAGCCGUCAGCUCGCCGGUCACGGUCGCAGCAGGAUCAUUGACCGCGCUGUGCCAGCUGCGAAAUUGAUUACCGAACAGCAGUGGGAGAAGCACAUGAAAGACAUUUGGGGCGCGACGCGGCACAAUGGCGCUGUUGUCCAGACAGCUGCAGACACCUCUGCUCAGCUUCAGGUGCCCCUACUGCGUGGUGAGCUGGGCCGACAACAGCUGCUGACAGCUGCUCGGGCGCAACCUCGGUGCCGUGCCACGCCUGAAGGCUCAUUGCCUGCAGAGCUUUGGUGCCUGAUCAUGCAGACAGGACAAGUCGCUGCAGAACAGCCCACCUGGACUGCGACAGAAGCCGUCAGGUUCUUUGAAGCGGCGCAAACUCUCGGCUACAAUCCUCAAGCUUGGUGCGAUGGUUUUGGGUGCGCCAUCCCCAAAAAAGGCGGCAGCCCUGGCCCCGGCGGCCAGCGCAUCAUCAAUUUGCUGGAUCCUGGUGGUAAGAUGUUCUACAAGGCUCUCUGGAAUGCCACCCCAGACCACCCUGCUGCACAUCAGUAUGGGUAUGCCGCUGGUCGCUCUCGACGAGAUGCCAUCUUGCAUGUUGAGGCCUGGCUUGAUCGUCUUCGCUUCAACAAACUGCACACGGCUGCCAUCUUGUUUGACCUCACGAAGGCUUUUGACACCCUGAACCUGCCCAGCAUUGAGCAAGCUGUGCUUGACACGCGCCUUCAGCCUGCAGCUGAACAACUCUUGCUUGACUUACACCGCAGGCUGCGAAUACGGCUGCCGCUGCAACGUGGGGGUCUCUUGCAGGUCAAGUUGCAGUCUGGCGUGCUUCAAGGAGGGGGCACCGGGCCACGCAUUUUCCGCAUUGCAUACGAUUCUUGUGUCCUUGAGUGGGAACAGGCCCUCACUGCUGACGAGAGCGAGUUCCUGGUUGACUAUGCGGGCCAGCAGCUUUUUCUGGGCAUCGCAGCUUAUGCUGAUGAUCUCAUCCGCAUUGUACCUGGGCGCGACCUCCACAAGCUUGCCACCACUGCGCAACAGAACCUGGCCUCGCUUGAGGGCGUCCUGCGGCCUCGGAAUCUCCAGCUGAACGAGAGAAAGGGCGAAACACUUUUGUCCUUCAGUGGCAAGGGCGCUUAUAAGGCAGCGCGCGAUGCUCAUGCUGGGCACUGGCCCUGCUACCCGCCCAAGCUUGUGGUGAAGUACCUUGGCGCGCAGCUCCAUGCGACUGGUUCCCUCAGCGCCGAAAUACGCAAGCGUGCGGCGUCUGCAAAAGCUGGUUUUGCCCGAUUUGCCCGUUUCUUUAAGCGCAGUCAAGUGCCUCUGCCUCGGAAGGUUCUUGUCUUCAAGGCUGUGGUGAAUGAGGCUCUGCUUUCAGCGCUGGAAGUGCGCCCGCUCAGCAGUGUUGAUGAGCAGGCGCUUGAGAGAGCUCGCGGGCUGCUUCUUCGAAGACGUUUUGGGCGACAGGGCUACGGUGCAGUCGCUGGUGACCCUCAACACCGCUCCGUCACCCUUGAAAGCUUGCGCCGUCGAGCUAACUUGGCCACCGUUGCUUCAGAACUACGUGUUCGCAGACUCUUGUGGUUGCGCAAAGCUCUCCUGCGCGAGCAAGAAGGACAAACCCGCCUUGAGCUGGCUGCCCUUUUCGGCGUGCCCCUUCGCAACAUGCUCCUCGUUUCCUGCAUCUGCUGUUCCGUGAUCUGCAGUCAGUACUUGUUGGUUUUUCUGGUUUUUCCGGUAACUGGCAAACUAGUUUUCUGCAAGUCUCAGCUGAUGCCUUGCGUCGACUCCGCACAGUAUGCUCCCCCCAAGCUGCCAGCGCUGCUGCUGAUGUGGCCGUGCUGCAAGCCGAUGCCAACGCUUCUGGAGACGAUGAGCCUGCUGCAGUGCCUGCGGUUGCUGCGCCGCCAGUUCCUGUGCCUGCAGACGCUGCAGCACCAGUUCCGGUUUUCAGCUGCGCGCUUGUCAACAAUCAUGGACAUGCUGGUGCUCUUGCCGGCCAACGGAUCGCAGCCCAGGCUCGAGCUCCAGCGCAGCGCCCCCCUGCUGCGCCGGCUGUCAACCAGCGCUCCAUUGCUGAGUUCUUCGCGCGCCAUGCCGAGCAUGGACUUCCUGCAGCUGCCAGCGGUGACGAGCCCAUCAACACGGCCUCCCAAGCGCACACGUUCGGACGGGCCGCGGGCAGCAGGUCUGAAUCCUCUCGAGCAGCAAGUGAAGGAACUCAGCUUGAAGCUGGACAAGGUGUGUCAACUCGUUGUCAGCCACGACCACAGCAUUCGGGAGAUGGAGGCUUGGAGCACCCGCACCUGGAUUUUCGAGCAGGAGAGCGAGCUCGCCACUUUGCUCAUGAGCCACAUGAACCAGUGGAAGCAGCAUCUUCCUCCACAAGGCCAGCCACAUCCGCAAGGCCCUGCCCGUCUCACAGUCGGCGCGGGUCUGGCCAAGUGGUUGUUGGAGGAUCCGGAUCGUCGUCAAGCCAUGCCCAAGUUCACAGCCAUGCACGACGCCAUGACUGGUCUCACUGACAUGCACAAUAGCAUUCAGCUUGCAUAUGUCAAGGUGAUCAAGGAUGGCAGAACACUCCUCAAGCUGCGCCCGCAGCAAUCCGCCAGCGAUGAGUGGGCAGAGGCUUUCGCCUGGAUGCAGCAAUCUUUGGUCUCGCUCAAGGCGGAAUCCAAAGACGCGGCGCCGCCUGGCCCAAUUGUUCGCAGCUUGACGCGCCGUGACAAGCCUGCUGAAACCGCAGCAUGA